AGUAAGGCAGGCCUCGCCUCGACAGGAGCAAGAAAAUUCAGAGCACAAGAGCACGCGGUGACGCAGGGAGCCUGACGAUCGACACGGAGGCAAAGGCGGCCACGGAACCAGCCAGGCCGCCGCCGCCGCCACCAGCUUCCGUAUCCCCACCACUGUCUCGCGGGCCCUUGUCAACGCAAUUCCUAUCAGAAGAGCGGGAGAGGGAGGGAGCGCUCCCCUUCUCCCAGUUGGACGUCGUCGUCUCAAGCGCGGUUGCUGAGGAUAAGAAGCAUUGCAUUUGAAUCCUCAAAGUGGAAAAUGGAUCUCAUACAGCUCUUCAUCACGGCAUGUGUCCCGGUCUUUAACAUGCUUCUGGUGACCGGUGUUGGGUCAUUUCUAGCAACUGAUUUUGCUGGCAUACUAAGCAAAGAAGCAAGGAAACAUUUAAACAAUGUAGUCUUUUAUGUAUUCAAUCCCUCCUUUGUUUCAAUCUAUUUGGCAAAAACAAUCACCAUGGAAAGCUUGGCUAAACUGUGGUUUAUGCCAGUAAAUAUUCUCCUUGCUUUUACCUUUGGUUUAUUCUUUGGAUGGAUCGUGGUAAAAGUUACAAGAGCACCUGCCAAGCUAAGAGGCCUCAUUUUGGGUUGUUGUUCUGCUGGAAAUUUGGGCAAUAUUUUUCUCAUCGUCAUCCCCGCUCUUUGCAAAGAGAAAGGAAGCCCAUUUGGAGCACCUGAUGUUUGCCAGGACAUCGGGCUAGCAUAUUUUUCGCUCUCGAUGGCUAUCGGCGCUGUCUUCGUAUGGUCUAUCGCGUAUAACAUUAUUCGCGUCACAUCAAAGGUGGAGGAAGGAGGAGGAGGGCAUGGCAACGCUCAGACAAAUGAACCCGAUGUGUUAAGCUCAGGAAGCGGUAGAGGAACUGUUGCGGAAGAGAAAAACUCCUCCACCUCAAAUGAUUGCGCCCAUGAAUGUACACUCCCCUUGCUUUCCAAUAGAAUACCUGCUGCUAAAAAUAAGGAACCGAAGCUGGGGAGAGCACGGAAGUUUCUGUCAUCAGUUUGUGAAACAGUCGACCUGAAGAAGCUCUUCGCUCCUUCAACCAUUGCAGUGAUUGUCGGCUUCAUAAUUGGAGGAACGCCUCUGAUUAGAAAUGCUAUAAUCGGCGACAGCGCCCCGCUUCGUGUUCUUCAGGAAUCGACUGAGUUGAUAGGUGGAGGAGCGAUUCCGUCCGUCACGUUGAUCAUGGGAGCAAACCUUCUGAACGGAGUUCGAAGCGGGGCAAGAGUUCCUCCGUCGGUGAUAGCCGGCGUCGUAGCCGUGAGAUACAUCCUGCUGCCGCUGCUCGGCACCGCGCUGGUGAAGGGAGCCGUCCGGCUGGGCCUCAUCCAGCCAGACCCGCUGUACCAGUUCAUCCUCCACCUGCAGUACGCCGUGCCACCCGCAAUGAACAUUGGGACUAUAAUGCAGCUGUUUGGCGUCGGGGAGAGCGAGUGCUCGGUGAUCUUCGUCUGGGUGUACGCGCUGGCCUCCGUCGCCGUCACCGUCUGGUCCGCCUUCUUCAUGUGGACGCUGUCGUGAGCUCCUCGAAUCAGGGGCCAGGGCGUAUCUUCUGGGGCUUAAUUGAUCAGCUGUUUUGAUUGAAUGAUGAAUCAGAUCGAUCGGGCAGUUGCAGCUCGUACAUGUUUGUAAAACUUGUUACAUUGAUCGCCGCUGUCACUGCACUAAAUGAACACAGGAUUUUCCGAAAGGAUAUCACUCAAACAAUUCGAAGUUUUCAGUGGCCGGGCUGAUUUGUAUACUAGAACACUUUUGGGCGUUAACACGAUGCUGAGUCUAUAUUUUUA